AUGGCGCCUGAUUAUCCUCACGACGACGCUAUUGAGACUGCUCCCCCCGUGGACGCGUCGUAUGGACAUACCCAUGAGAGUGAUGAUGAGAAACCUGUUCUCAGCAAUGGUGGUGAAGGUCCUACGCAAAGACGAUUGAAGGGAUAUCACAUCACUUGGAUUGGUCUUUGCGGUGGUAUCGGAACGGGACUUUUCAUUGGUGCUGGUUCAGCUUAUGCUACCUCUGGACCUGCUGGUUUGCUAUUGGCUUAUUUAGUUGUGGGCGCUGUCCUUUGGUCUGUUAUGCAGAGUAUCUCUGAGCUUGCGACACUGCUACCUACCGCUGGUUCAUUUCCUCACUGGGCAACUCGCUUCAUCGACCCUUCAGUCGGUUUCUCCCUCGCAAUCUCAUACGGCUACUGCUACACCAUCUCCAUCGCAGCAGAAUGUUCAGCAUCCGCAGUUCUCGUCAGUUACUGGACAGACAUCACUCCAGCAGUCGUCAUUACCGUCAGUCUUGUUCUCAUCCUCUGGAUCAAUUUGAUGGACGUCAGAUUCUUCGGUGAGGCUGAAGUCGUGACCGGUGCCAUCAAGGUUCUCUGCUUCUGUGGUCUUGUCGUUGUCGCUAUUGUCAUCACUGCUGGUGGAGGUCCCAAGGGUGACGCGAUUGGCUUCCGAUACUGGAACGACCCCGGUGCUUGGGUGGACUACAACGGCAUCACUGGUUCAUCUGGACAUUUCCUUGGUUUCCUCUCAGCUUUUGUAAACGCUUCGUUCUCAUUCAUCGGUGUUGAGACUGUCGUUAUCACUGCCGCAGAGGCCAUCAACCCCCACAGGGAAAUCCCCAAGGCCGCCAACCGUGUCACCUACCGCAUUGGCUUUUUCUACAUCCUGGGAGCUUUCUUGAUUGGUCUCAUUGUCGAUCCCCGCAACGAGGGUCUUGUGUCUGGCUCUGGCAACGCCAAGAGUUCACCUUGGGUUAUCGCUAUCCAAGCUGCUGGCAUCAAGGUUCUGCCUUCGAUCAUCAACGCUUGUAUCCUUAUUUCUGCUUGGUCUGCCGGUAACUCGUACUGCUGGGUUGGAUCUCGCAUGAUUCUCGCCAUGACUACAGACCGACAACUUCCUCAGUUCUUUGGUCGCACGACCAAGAAGGGUGUUCCUUACGUCGCCGUCAUUACCUCGUGGCUGUUUGGACCUUUGGCCUAUCUCAGUCUCGGUUCCGGUGGUGCUGCUCAGGCUUUCGACUGGCUACUCAACCUCAGCACAGUAGCAGGCCUCAUCGCAUGGGCCACUCUCUGCUUCUCCUACCUUCGUUUCUACCGCGCUAUGCAGGUCCAAGGUAUCAGCCGUGAUACUUUGCCCUGGAAAGCACCUUUCCAGCCUUACACUGCCUGGUUCGGUGGUAUCGGCUCGGUCAUCAUCACUCUUCUCUGCGGUUUUCCUGUUUUCCUCAAGGGUAACUGGAACACUGCAGACUUUAUUGCUUCUUACAUCGGCAUUCCCAUUUUCAUCAUUCCCAUCAUUGGCUGGAAGCUCGCCUAUGGUACCAAGUUUGCACGGGCUAAGGACAUUGAUGUCUGGUCUGGUCGUUUGUCGGUUGAGGAACCUACUGGCCAGCUGUCUGAGAAGACUGCCGUCUAG